AUGAUCGAUGUGGACACGCCGCUUGAGUCAAUCACAGCCAUUGACAAAGUGUUGGAUGUGUCUGUUAUCUCAUCUGUGAUGAUCGAUGUGGACACGUCACUUGAGUCAAUCACAUCCAUUGGCAAAAUGUUGAAUAUGUCUGUUAUCUCACCUCCGACGAUCGAUGUGGACACAUCAUUUGGAUCAGUUGAGUUAAUCACAGCCAUUGACAAAGUGUUGGAUAUGUCUGUUAUCUCACCUGCGACGAUCGAUGUGGACACAUCAUUUGGAUCAGUUGAGUCAAUCACAGCCAUUGACAAAGUGGUGGAUAUGUCUGUUAUCUCACCCGUGAUGAUCGAUGUGGACACGCCACUUGAGUCAAUCACAGCCAUUGACAAAGUGUUGGAUAUGUCUGUUAUCUCACCUGCGACGAUUGAUGUGGACACAUCACUUGGAUCAGUUGAGUUAAUCACACCCAUUGGCAAAAUGUUGGAUAUGUCUGUUAUCUCACCUGCGACGAUUGAUGUGGACACAUCACUUGGAUCAGUUGAGUUAAUCACAGCCAUUGACAAAAUGUUGGAUGUGUCUGUUAUCUCACCUACGACGAUCGAUCUGGACACAUCACUUGGAUUACUUGACUCAAUCACAGCCAUUGACAAAGUGUUGGAUGUGUCUAUUAUCUCGCCUCUGACGAUCGAUGUGGACACAUCAUUUAGAUCAGUUGAGUUAAUCACAGUCAUUGACAAAGUGUUGGAUGUGUCUGUUAUCUCACCUGGGAUCUCGGUUUUCAGAGGUUGUGGAUCAACGACGGGGUGUCCUUGA